AUCGCAAAUGGACGAGAUAAAAAUUAUUUCUCUGGCAAUAAAUUUAUAUAUUUUAUAAGCGAUUACCAAUGGAUAACAUUCCAGUAAAAAUUAACAAUGAUGCUGACAAAAUCGAAAUCGAUGUUGAUAAAGAUGAUGUUGAUAAAAUAUUUAUCUUCAAUGAUAUCGAUGAUAUAAAUGAUGUUGACAAAAUAUUUACCCUCGAUAAUAAAUCACAUAAUGGUAAACCUAUUACUAAGAUAGAAAUAUCACCAAAUGAAAAAUACCUUAUUACUUAUAGUAAAGAAGAUCGUUCAAUUGUCGGUUGGAAUGUUGAAGAUAUAGAUAAGGUUCAACUUAAAUUAGAUCAAACUGUUAAAAUUAAUGAAGAUGAAAUCGAAAGUUUGUGUGUUUCUGAUGAUAAGAAACUUGCUUAUGCUACUUAUACUGAUCGUAAAUAUAUUUCUACUAUAAUCGAUAUGAAUAAUAAUAAUGAAAAAAUUGCAUUAAAUAUAAACACAAAAGUUGCCAAACUAAUAGAUUACUACUGUAACUUUAAUUUAAAAGGUGAACUUAUUUUAUAUAUUUUAUAUAGUAAUUUUGGUUCUGUAAGUUUUAGAAAUCAUAAAACUAUUUGGAUUUAUCCCACGCAAACUGAAAAUAACAAAUGGGAAUGUAAGAGAUUUUACGAGACGCCUGAAGAUUAUGAAUUAAUUAGUAUAUCAAAAUAUGAUAAAGUUUACCUAUUUUCAGAUGAUUACAUUUAUGAAUGGGAUAUUAAUACUGAGAAAACUGUAAAAAUAUUUGGUAAUAAUAAUGACAAGAAUAAGUUAAAAACAAAAGAUAUUGGAAUAUUCAGUAACAAAAAGUUUAUUUUUCUAAAAAUCAAUGAUAAAAUCAUCAUUUAUUCAAUCGAAUUUAGAAUUCCUAUUACUUCUUUGGAUACAAAUAAUGAUAUUCGACUAUAUAAUUUUAUGGAUUAUAAUGGUUUAUUUCUUUUACCUUCUUUAUUCUAUUAUACACCGGAUAAAGAAAUCAAAUAUUGCUGGAACAAUAAAUACAAAAAUAGAUUUAAUCAAACUUUAUUUGAUAAACCAACUGAUGAACAAAAAAUUUAGUUUUUGGAAGUGUUUGGAAAUCUAAAUUUAAAGAAAAGAUGUCAGAAACGAACUUUUCAUCCAAAAAUUCUGAUGAAUUAAAUAUAGAAAAUAAUAAAAUUAUUGAAUGUGAUGAUGACGAUAAAAUCAAGAAAACUUACGAAACCAUAAAUAUUCAUUCAUUUAUGGAUACCGCGUCUACAUUAUUUCAAAAAGUCAUAAGCGAUGAUUAUAGUGAUGAUAGUGAUAGUAAAAAAAAAUCAACUGAAUUGAUUGGAAAUUUAAUUAAAUGGGAUAUAUGUGUUGAUGACAAUAAAAUUGACCUAGCAGUUUCCACCAUUAGUAAUCAUAAUACUGAAUGGAAUUUAAUUAUCAGGAGAACUGAUAACUAUUAUUGUCCUUAUAAAUUUGUACUUUCUAAUGGUUUUU